AACUUGUUGAUGAAAAAUUGGAGAAUGAGCAAGUAAAUAAUGAAAGGAUAGAUAAUAAAAGAGUUUGUGAUAAAAAAGUUGAUAAUGAAAGGGUAGAUGAUAAUAAAAGUGUAGAUGAUGAUAAAAGUGUAAAUGACAAUAAAAGAGCAGAUAAUGCUGAAAUG